GUCAUUUAAAUGUUAAACGUUCGAACGGCUGUGAAUAUUUAGUGUUUGAUACACUGGAUUUAGAAUAUUUCGAAUUUUUUAAGUAGAUAUAGUAAAAGAUGGAACCUAUGGCAUUGGGAUCUCCUGUUGGAAGUCCUAUACAAACACCUGGAAGUCCAUUAGCUUCCGCAUAUCUUCCUAGUUUCCUUAUGGGAGACAAUACAGGGCCAAGCAAAGUAAAUCUGACCAAUCCUCAAGAUACACCAAAACAGUUGCACAUUGGGCACACCGGACUAUCUUCUCCAUUAUCGCAUUACGGUACUCCGGACUACCGUACCAGUCGUCAGAAAGCAGUAUUUGGGGGUGCAAACACUCCGAAUACAUCCCAAAUGGUCACAGAAAGUCACACUGGUGGACCACCAACCAGGGGACUCUUUGAUACCUUGGAAACAUCACAAGCAGCAUCACCGUAUUUGUCCGCUGCAAAUCAAAGUGUUCCUGCCAAUCAGUCUAGACUCUUAAUGAACACUAUGAACAAUUCCAUAUUUAACGAGUCUGCCCUAACCCCUAACACGAAUGAAUCGCAGGGCCUUCUGCAGUGGGUGACUGUUUUUGGCUUCCCUCCAAGCGACAUAAACACUGUUUUGGCUCACAUUUCGAGCAGAGUUCGCAUAGUGGAUAAACAUCCUGCUCCACACCAACAAAGUAAUUGGAUACACUUGAAGUGUGCCUCGGAACAAGAGGCCCACAGAGCACUCGCGUGCAAUGGGAAUGUUGUUUCCGGUUCAGUUAUGAUCGGUGUGAUACCCUGCACCGACGAAGGUGUUACAUUAGGAGCUGACAAGGAAAACCGCGCGAAAAUGAAUGGAAACGUCAGGUGCUUCUCUAAUUUGGGAAGAGUUAAUCAGUCCCCGGAGUACAGUAGUACCCCGCGCACACCGAUUAAAAUACAAAAUGCAAGACCUUUGGCAGCUGGCUACUAUCAACACCUUAGCCCGCAGUCGGUGAAGUCGCCGGAAAAUCUACCACAGAAGUCUACUGGUCUAGUUUCUAAAGCGAUGGAAUACAUGUUCGGAUGGUAAACUUUGACGAAAUAAUAGAAUUAUCAAUAAUUAAUGACAAAUACUAUUUAAUUAUAAUUUUGCGAAUGCCUUUAUAAAGAUCAAAUUGAAUGGAUAACGACUAAUUCGAGAGAGGAAUAUUUAAGGAUCCUAAAAUAGGUGUUACCUUAUUGUAUUUUUACUACAUAAAUAGUACGAAAUAUAAAUCUUUAUAAACAUCAAAUAAUUAUCACACGA